AAAACCUUUAAAAAGUUUUGUCAGGAGGAGGGUCGGUGAUGGUUUGAGGUGGAGUCAAGGACAGACCUCCAUGUGUUCAUUGGGGUGGUAAAUAUAUAUAUAUGGGGGCUGGGGUAGCUGUGCGGGCUAAGGCGCUUGCAGUAGUUAACCAAAUUAAGCAACGCCGAGCGUCGUUAGCACUUGGAUGGGUGACCGCCCGAUUUAUGCGGCCGUCCACCAGGUAAACGCUGCCCGAGAUCUUCCCCUCCCCGGGUAUGUCAGUCCACACACAGAGUCCUGUCAGCCUACUGGAGGCAACUCACACCGACUGGGCGUAGGACAGAUGACCCUACCCCCCGUGUACUAAAAUCGGGAAUCGGGGUGUGGUCUAGGAGACCGCAUCUCGUAUACAUAAAUCUUCAUGGUCUGUAGCGCCAACCGAAAAAAAAUAUAUAUUUAUCUAUAUGUAUAUAUUUACUAUACGUUCAAAGAAUACUGAUGAUAUACAACACUCUGAUGGUACACAAGUUUACGGCUUCAACAAUUUAAAAGAUUUGAACUGUUUUUUUUUUUUUUAUAUCUUUCAAAAUUAACUCUUGGCUAGUUUAGAGCACCUUUUCUCUUUGGAUUAUAUUUUGGCGCCAAUUAACAAUAUAACCUUCAACUGUGUUUGUUUAUUUUGUUAACAAUUAAGUUGUCAAAAAGAUGUGUUGCAGAAAUUUAAUCUCGCAUUUCAUUGUGAAUUGUUUCUUUUAGUGAUUUAUUAUUUAUCUGCGUUUAAAAAUGCGUCCCCCAAAACUUGUUCCCUCAAGUUUUGGGGAAAAAAUCGAGGAUUAUGAAGUUAUGAAUCUUCUUGGAAAAGGUGGUUUUGCCAGUGUUUACAGAGCUAGGUGCAUUAAAACUUCAAUGGAAGUAGCCAUUAAAAUGAUUGAUAAGAAGUUGAUGGCUUCUAAUGGGAUGGUCAAUAGAGUCAGGCAAGAAGUGGCUAUACAUUCACGCCUUAAACAUCCUUCCAUUUUAGAGCUUUUCACAUUUUUUGAAGACCUUGAUUAUGUUUAUCUUGUAUUAGAGUUGGCAGUUAAUGGUGAAUUACAACGAUAUAUCAAAAAUAAUCCUGUCAUAAUUUCUGAAGAGGAAGUGGCACAUAUCCUAUCACAAGUUGUUGAGGGGCUGUUGUAUCUACAUUCUCAUAAUAUUAUACACCGAGAUAUGUCUUUGGCUAACUUACUUCUAACAAAGGAUAUGCAGAUUAAAAUUGCUGAUUUUGGCCUGGCUACACAAUUAUCUCGACCUGAUGAAAAACAUAUGACCAUGUGUGGAACACCAAAUUAUAUUUCACCUGAGCAUCUCGUUGGGACCGUCAUCGGAGUCCCGUUCUGCGGGGCAUCUUGCUCUCAUCACGAGUGGAGAUGCACCAGGAGAGGACACACUGGUACCCCAAUGGUGAACUAUGCCUGGCAAGGACGAAGCCAGGUAGCUACAAGGAGUAGCCAUGGAUUAGAAGCUGAUGUUUGGGGCUUAGGCUGCAUGCUUUAUACAUUACUUGUUGGGAAACCACCAUUUGACACAGAUGCUGUGAAGAGCACUCUAACCAAAGUUGUGAUGGCUGACUAUGAGAUUCCUUCAAGAAUUAGCAUCGAAGCCAAAGAUCUAAUUGAUAAACUACUCAAAAAGAAUCCAAGGGAGCGCAUGCAGUUAGAUGAAAUUUUAGAACAUCCCUUUAUGAUAAAAAACAGAACUAGAAAACAUCAAUUGAAAAAAAUUGAAGGAUUAUCAAUGGACAGUGGAAUGGGAACAAUGAGCACAAACAAUUCUGGAAUUAGGGGUCAUUCUUCUCGAUCUAGGUCUGAAGAUAGAUCUAAAAAGAAAACUUUUGAUUAUGGAGAAACCAAACAUUCACUUCAUUACUCUGAUUCUGCUGGCUCGAGAAAACUUGAUUUUUUUGGAAAUCCAAGGUCCAAAUGUUUUGACAAGAAGAGCAAACAUUCAAUAACUGUUUUUCCAGAAAAAAGUGAAGAAAAAAAGCUCGAGGUAGAUCCUUUGUGUUCUUAUAGACUUCAACCAACUAGGCAUAAAACCAAAAAUGCUGUUUUAAGUAUUUUACAUAAUGGUGAGGUAACUGUAGAGCUUUUUAAAAAAAGAGGUUCAGAAGAGCGAGUUACUGAUGUAUGCAGAAUUUCAAGUGAUGGGUUAAGGAUUGUAAUUUACAAGGUAGGUCGUAAGUGUCCAGUUACUGAUGAACCGCCCCCGGUUCCACCUGAUGGAGCUGAUUCUAUUUACAGCUUGGAAACAUUACCCCCUGAGCAUUGGAAGAAGUAUAUAUAUGCUUCUAGGUUUAUAUCUCUUGUUCGAGCAAAAACUCCAAAAAUAAUUCUCUAUACAUCUGAAGCAAAAUUUUUACUUAUGGAAAAUUCUCCCAAUCCUGAUAUAGAAGCUGUAUUUUAUACAGGAGAAAAGAUUACAAAAAGUGGUAAUACUAGUACUUUACUUGACACUGAUGGUAAUACAAUUAUAUUGAAUAAGGAUCAAGAAAAAUCUUUAUCUAAUCAUGUGCGUGAUAUUUGGAGCCAUUUUGAAAAGCAUAUUGAUCACUGUAAAGCUAUUGAAAGUGCACUUGAAUUGACUGCAACUUGUUCUGAUGGACCAGUGUUCCCUAUUAUCAUUGGCAGGAGGCCAUCUCAAGCAUUAAACCAAUCAAAGGAGAAUAACCAACAAAUGCAGUUUACUAGUUUUGAAUCAAGUGGAAAAUCAUUUAAUCGGAACAAAUCCUUGAGUGGAAAUCAAAAUCAACAAAAAGCAGUAAUGACUGUAGCAGUUCCCGAUAUUGUGCCAUCAGUGUGGAGAAACAGCCUCAGCCCAUCUCGUCCACUGAUCCCUGCUACUGGCCCUCCUUCUCAUAUCCACCAUGGUGCUACCUCUAGCUCGCCCGAGUCUCUCCAUGUAGUCACAAUACAACAGCCCGGGCCUGCCUCUAGGUCGCCUUUCCUCUGGAUGAGUUCAGGUGAAGUUAGAAUUACAUACCCUGAUGGUUGUGAGUUGAUAGUGAAUGGAGAACAGACAAGAGGUGUUGUAUACAAACAUGAUGGAAAGGAAUUGAAGGUAAAGCAAGGUGAAAAAGUACCAACUUGGUUAAGGCCAAAAUUAGCCCAAGUUCCAACUGUUUUACGAGCUCUCAUACCUUCACAACAACAGGUUCACCUUCGGUGACAUGACUUAGUUUGAUGAUUAUGGCUGUCAGUAUUUUUAAUAAAUAAUACCUGAAUAUUUUUCAGUCUGUAAAUAUGUAUGUUUAAUUUUAUUUUUGUAUUUAUAUCAAACUUUGAAAUUAUAUUUUUAUUGUAUAUUAUUAGUUUUAAUCUGAAAAAAGAGUAAUAUGUUCAUUUGCAUUAGUGCAAUAUUAGAUCUGUGAAACUGAAGAAUAAAAUUAAUUAUCCUGUAGGUUUCGUUUUUGAAAUCUUUUUACAGAGAUUAAAUGAAUUCUUUGUGAAAGAAUAUUGUCUGUAUGUAGUUAUAUUGUAAUUUUUGUUUGUUUUGUUUUUGUAAAUAAAGAAAUAAAUGGAUUA